AUGAGGGACUCUAACAAUAAAUCGGUUUCGGCCAACAAGGCUGCUGUGUCUAUCACUUCGACACUAUAUGACCGAAGGGCUCUUGAUUGCACGGAGGAUAAGCCCCUUGUCAACUCCUUGAACCACCUUACAUUUUUGGCUUCAUCCUCUUUGAAAGUUAGGGAAGCUCUGUCUCAAGAUGGAGGCUUGGAGAGGUUGAUUGAUAUUCUUUAUGAGUGUCGGAAUCCUCAGACUGACGCUGAAAAAUGCGUUUUUGCUUGGAAAUGGGUGUUAGCAUUUCAAUCUCUUGUAUUGGUGGGGACUCGUGGUAACGAGAAGCUGCGCCGUAAGGUUGUUGAAGCAGGAAUAUUACCCAUUAUAGCGACCAUCUUGGACAAUUAUUUGAUCACUCGUCGAAUGGCUUGGGUUUCUCAAUUUGAAAAUGGCUAUCGGCCUGAUGUGUACGAUGGAGUUCCAUCUGUAACAGUUGCAGGAUCAGAAAAUGUGGGUGGUGUUUCCACGGCGUCUGAUGAUUCUAGCAGUUUUGGUUCUCAUGCUUUUGACUAUUCGAACGUGACGGCAGCCACGACAACUACGGCUACAGGUACUAUUAAUACUGCUGCUGCUGCUGCAAUGGCAGCAAACUCGGUUGUUCCUAUUGUUUCUCAACAAUCAUCUUCAGUGCCCUCAGAUGAUGUGGUUAUCAACGACGAAAUAACCGAUUCUCAGGUCAAUACAGUGUUUCGUCAAGUGCGCAGCUUGCUAGAUCAAGCUAAUCAGACGAUCCUGGAAACCGAAGCUGAAAUAGGUAAGCAUCGUUGUCCUAAAGAUGAGUGUAUUGAAAAAUGCUCAAAAUCACAGUGCAAGGACCUAUCAGAAGUCGAUGAAAAAUAUCGCAAAGUGUAUAAAUGUCUUGAAUUUCUUAAGUUUCUUCACAGAUUGAACAAUGCAGAUGGACUCGGAUUGAUUGGACAGGAGCUAGCAUGUGAGUAUCAAAAUCUUACGGCAGAUGUGGUGUUUGGAAGCCAGUUGGCCACAAAUAAAGAUAUUUCAAACUUGUUGAAGAUGGAUUCUACUUGGACUACAGAGCUGCCGUUCAUGAAGAAGUUUGAAGAGAAAUUGAACCAGAGUGUGCCGCGCGAGUUUGAGAAUGGCAUUCUUAUACCGAAGGAAGACGAUGUGAUAUGGUCUCUUCAGCUCCUUGCGUUUAUCUCCAAAUACACAACUCUGCGUUAUGAGAUGGCCAAUACUUACAUUGUCAAUGGUCUUUCUCUGCGUAAUUAUAGCAUUCCUCCUCCUUUAGAGAGUGAUACGGGUACCCGCUCGCAGGACGUGAUAUUUGAUGAUUGUGACUAUUUUGAAUUUGUUGAGCCUAGGCCAUUAGACAAUCCUUUCUUACUUUUUCCUGAUUUUAGCAAUGAGUAUGAGAGUUCAAAACCUUCUCCUCAAACAGUUCCCGAAUCUGUUUCGCAUGCAUUAUCUCCUGAAUAUGAUAAAGAUCAUGCGGAUCUUUUCAAAUCGUACUAUCAAACUCUGAACGAGUCUGAAAAGUUCAUGGAGGCUUCUAAACUUGAAAAACUCGCCUUGGAUAUUUCCCGAUUUGCACACAGAGAGUAUAGCAAACUUAGAAUGCGUAACAGACAAGUUUACCGAUCCCAGAGGCAAUCGUAUGACAAGCAGUGGGAUUAUGAGAACAGUUGGGAUGAAUUGGCUACUCCUGCUUAUGCUUCUGCGUGCAUUGAUAAUGAUAUUAGACCUAUAAAGCGGUUGAACAUUUUUCCGCUUGUGGAGAAGUUUACAGUGCGUCAUCUGUACAGCAAGGACAUCAAUUAUUGGUCAUCAGUGAUUGUAAGGAACUUCAACAGGAAAGAUGAGAAUAGAGGAGGCCGUCGCCAGUGCGCUUACUUUGGCUGCGGUAAAUGGGAAUCGGAGCCCCGGCAGUUUGCCAAGUGCCGUCGUUGCAAGAGAGCGAAGUACUGCUCUAAAGAGUGUCAAUCCAAGGCAUGGGCUUACCAUAAGUAUUGGUGUAACGCAGUUUGCACAGGAUCGAGUGCCGAUUCUUCCUCUUCGCAGCCACAGCACGCAACAAUGAUUGGAAAUUCCAAUGAACAUCAUCGAAUGCAUCAUCGUCAUAAUCCGAUGGAGCAAGGCAUUCCUCCCAACGAUACUGCAACGACCCUUGCACCUGGUGUGCAAGUACAGCAGCAGGGUAUUUCCGACGACGUAUCAUCUUCUAGUCCUCCUAAUGUCCCGAACGCUCCUACAUUUCAGCAUGGAUUCUUCCAGUAA